AAUUUCUCCAAGCAACUCAACUCUCAGCCCAGCUCCUGACACCAUGUGCUGUUCCACGAGCUUCUGUGGAUUUCCCAUCUGUUCCACCGGUGGGACCUGUGGCUCCAGCUGCUGCCAGCCAAGCUGCUCCCAGACUAGCUGCUGCCCGUCAACCUGUAGCCAGACCAGCUGCUGCCAGCCACCCUGCGUCCAGACCAGCUGCUGCCCGCCACCCUGCGUCCAGACCAGCUGCUGCCAGCCAACCUGUGUCCAGACCAGCUGCUGCCAGACCAGUGGCUGUGAGAUCGGCAGUGGCAUUGGCAGUGGCAUUGGCUCUGGCCAGGAGGGUAGCAGUGGAGCUCAGAGCUACCGCAUCAGGUGGUGCCGCCCUGACUGCCGUGUGGAGGGCACCGUCCUGCCACCUUGCUGCGUGGUGAGCUGCACGUCCCCCACCUGCUGCCAGCUGCACCACGCCCAGGCCUCCUGCUGCCGCCCCUCCUACUGUGGGCAGUCCUGCUGCCUGCCAGCCUGCUGCUGCCCGUGCUCUGAGCCCACCUGCUGUGAGCCCACCUGCUAAAAACCAGGUGGCAGAUUUUCAACUUGAAAUUUCAACUUCCAACUCAAUCCACGAAGAAAUUAUCUCCUCAACCACCCCCGAACCACCACCACGUUCUUAAACUUUCAUUCGACUUCUUUUGAAGGGUUACCAAAUAUUUGGACCUCACAGACCUAUCUGAGUCCAUUCGACGCUAGAAGGAUCUUGAUCUCUAUGCUGAGGCUGCUGAAAUAUCAAUUUGACCCCAGAAAUGGGAAGACCAGUUGGCCUUGGGUUUGGCCUCCAGCAAGCCUCUUAUCUCCAUCUCAAUGCUGCCAAGACUGAUGAAGAACCAUCUGUCCUUCUCAGAUGAUUUCACCUCCUAAACUCUACAGUCCUGCAACUUGCACUUUCUGUGAAAGGGGACUAGUAUACCAAGGUCUAAUAAAUUAUAUAUCUGGUACAGCAAA